UUUCCAUUUAAAUUGCAGAUAAACUGUCAAAAUGUGUGACGAUGAUGCGGGUGCAUUAGUUAUCGACAACGGUUCGGGCAUGUGCAAAGCCGGCUUCGCUGGUGAUGACGCCCCCCGUGCUGUCUUCCCCUCGAUUGUGGGUCGUCCACGCCACCAGGGUGUGAUGGUGGGUAUGGGUCAGAAGGAUUCGUACGUUGGUGAUGAGGCUCAGAGCAAGCGUGGUAUUCUCACGCUGAAAUACCCCAUUGAGCACGGCAUCAUUACCAACUGGGAUGACAUGGAGAAGAUCUGGCAUCACACCUUCUACAAUGAGUUGCGUGUGGCCCCCGAGGAGCAUCCAGUAUUAUUGACAGAGGCCCCACUCAACCCCAAGGCCAAUCGCGAGAAGAUGACCCAGAUCAUGUUCGAGACCUUCAACUCGCCAGCCAUGUACGUUGCCAUCCAGGCUGUGCUCUCCCUGUACGCCUCCGGUCGUACCACCGGUAUCGUGUUGGACUCCGGUGACGGUGUCUCCCACACUGUGCCCAUCUAUGAGGGCUUCGCUCUGCCCCACGCCAUUCUGCGUCUGGACUUGGCUGGUCGCGAUCUGACCGAUUAUCUGAUGAAGAUCCUCACCGAGCGCGGCUACUCGUUCACCACCACUGCCGAGCGUGAGAUUGUGCGUGACAUCAAGGAGAAGUUGUGCUAUGUCGCCCUGGACUUUGAGCAGGAAAUGGCCACCGCUGCCGCUUCCACAUCCCUGGAGAAGUCCUAUGAAUUGCCCGAUGGUCAGGUGAUCACCAUUGGCAACGAGCGUUUCCGCUGCCCCGAGGCUCUCUUCCAGCCCUCGUUCUUGGGCAUGGAGUCGUCUGGCAUCCACGAGACUGUCUACAACUCGAUCAUGAAGUGCGACGUCGACAUCCGCAAGGAUCUGUAUGCCAACUCUGUGCUGUCCGGUGGUACCACCAUGUACCCAGGUAUUGCUGAUCGUAUGCAGAAGGAGAUCACUGCUCUGGCCCCAUCGACCAUCAAGAUCAAGAUCAUUGCUCCACCUGAGAGAAAGUACUCCGUCUGGAUCGGUGGCUCCAUCUUGGCCUCUCUGUCCACCUUCCAGCAGAUGUGGAUCUCCAAGCAGGAAUACGAUGAGUCCGGCCCCGGCAUUGUGCACCGCAAGUGCUUUUAAAUCUUUCCCGCUUAGCGAAAGAUCAACAAAGACAACAACCACCAACUUAGCAAUGUCACAAACCAGCACCGCGUUCACCAACACCAACACCAACAUCGGCGAGCUUUUCACCAACACGCUUCACAUUCAACGAGAACUGCAACCAAAGAGAAGAAGACGAAGACCGGGUGGAUAAGAAGAUCAAUCCGAACCCUAGUCUCGAGAUCUAUUGCACAAAUAUCAUUAAAAAGACACAUUAAUCAAUUACAAAAUACCAAAAACAAUACACUGGCGAUGUUCACCACGAAUAUCUUUAGUGAAAUCGUUGAAAGUGUAAAACAAAAAACACAUAUUUUAUAAACUUACUUCAAGUGUAUAUGAAAGGGCUUUGUAUCUUAGCCAAAUAUUAAAGCCAAAUAUAUAUCUUCCAUUAAAACUAUAAA